GCUGAUUGCUGCGCAGGGAUGAGCUGGCCAGGGGAGGCUGAUUGCUGCUAAGUGUUGUAACGUGCCACUGAAGCAACGCAUUUGGAACAGUCCAUAGCACCAAAAUCUUCAUCCACAUAGACUGAUGCCAUCUCUGCACACCCCAAACACUGUGAACUGAAGCUAAAAGUCUUUAUGGAGUUUAUAUCACCUGGGUCAAAGGGAAUAUUCUACUGAUAUAUAUAUAUCGAGGACCUUUACUGCCAAUAUGACGAGCCAGGAGAAGUGGGUUAACCUUAGCCCUGGAGAAUUCUCUCAACUUCAAAAAUAUGCAGAAUAUUCCACCAAGAAAAUUAAGGAUGUCUUAGAAGAAUUCCAUGGCAGUGGUGUGUUAGCAAAAUAUAAUCCUGAAGGGAAACAGGAUAUACUUAAUCAAACAAUUGAUUUAGAGGGGUUCAAGCUGUUCAUGAAGACUUUUCUGGAGGCAGAGUUACCAGAUGAUUUUGUUGAGCAUCUUUUUACAUCAUUUAGUAACAAAAUAUCUCACUGCAGCCCAUUAAUAAAAAACAAGCCACAGCACCUUUCUGGAGUUAAGGCAUCUGAAGAGAGAUGGAAACAGAUGCCAGGUCUGAGACUUAACAAAGGUACCUCUACAUCCAGACCUCCUACUCCUGCCAACUUACAUUUACCUGACAUGAUCCAGCUGAAAGAUAUUGUUUGCUAUUUAUCACUGCUAGAAAGAGGAAGACCAGAAGACAAGCUAGAAUUUAUGUUUCGCUUGUAUGAUACAGAUGGGAAUGGAUACCUGGAUAGUUCGGAGCUGGAAAAUAUCAUUGCUCAAAUGAUGCAUGUUGCAGAAUACCUUGAAUGGGAUGUUACUGAACUGAGUCCAAUUCUUCAUGAAAUGAUGGAAGAAAUUGACUAUGAUCAUGAUGGCACUGUUUCUCUAGAAGAGUGGAUCCAAGGAGGAAUGACAACAAUACCACUCUUGGUCCUCCUUGGGUUAGAGAAUAAUGUGAAAGAUGAUGGGCAGCAUGUAUGGAGAUUGAAACACUUUAACAAGCCUGCCUACUGUAAUCUUUGUUUGAAUAUGCUAAUCGGAGUAGGCAAGCAAGGUCUCUGCUGUUCUUUUUGCAAGUAUACAGUCCAUGAACGCUGUGUCUCAAGAGCUCCCGCAUCUUGCAUCAAAACAUAUGUGAAGUCUAAAAAGAAUACUGAAGUAAUGCACCAUUUCUGGGUAGAAGGCAACUGUCCAACCAAAUGUGAUAAGUGUCACAAAACUAUAAAAUGUUACCAAGGCUUGACUGGACUUCACUGUGUUUGGUGUCAGAUCACAUUGCAUAACAAGUGUGCUUCACAUCUGAAACCUGAAUGUGACUGUGGACCUUUGAAGGACCAUAUUUUACCACCCACAUCAAUCUGCCCAGUAGUAUUGACGCUUCCCACUUUAGGAGGUUUGCUCCCUGAGGAAAGACAGGCAACAGUGAAAAAAGAAAAGAGUUGCCCCCAGCAAAUGAACAAACUGGGAGAACGGAGCAAAAUGCAAAGAGCAAAUUCUGUCACUGUAGAUGGACAAGGUCUUCAGAUCACUCCAGUUCCAGGCACUCAUCCACUUUUAGUUUUUGUCAAUCCUAAAAGUGGUGGGAAACAAGGAGAAAGAAUUUAUAGAAAAUUUCAGUACCUUUUAAAUCCUCGUCAAGUUUAUAGUCUUUCUGGAAAUGGACCAAUGCCAGG